UGGGGUCAAACGGAGGGUUUCAUGAUUUUCGUCUGCGUCUACCUACUUGGAAUCGUGGUCCUGGCAUCGUGCAAUGAUUACACAACAUAUGCUGUCGGCAACACCUUCAGGACGCUUGGGUCUGAGAUAAUCACCUUCAUCCUCAGCAUCUUCUUCAUUGAUAUCACUGAAGUCAGCCACAGAGCGCUUGCACUGGGGCUUACCGGCAUCCCAUCAAUAAUCAACCUUACUACGAAGCGGGUAAUCGGUGAUCCAUUUCUACAAGCGGUAAAGGGUAACUGGCGCUUGACGUACGGGACCUGUGCCAUUAUAACACCCGUGGCACCCUUUUCGUGGCUAGGGCAAAGGGAGCUUAUACACGAGCAAGAUUCAGAGACCCUCGGUCAACUGCUCGUUAUGUCUAUGAAAAUUAUUGUAGUUUACCACAUCGCUCAUUGGCUUGUCAUUGCGUUUACAAGGCAUCUAAUAACGGGAUCUGUCCUACUUAAGGCGGCCUAUGUACUCAUCCUAUUAUCUAUCAAUCUUGUGGAAAUUAUCGACCAUGUCACGUAUGAUUUUCCGCAAUUCAUCGCACUGCUCGUCAUAGGGGCUUGUCUGUUAUGUGGGUUUUUCUUAUGGGAAAGUUAUGGUGCUCAGGAUAGAUUGCUUGACUGUGCAAGCCUCAGGGAUCGUACUAUUGCCGGUGUUUUCAUGUUCAACUUCAUCCACCAUUUCUGUUUUCAUCUUUAUUGUCUUCUUAUUCAAAUGCUCGGCAUUGUGAUCUACGAUCUCACAACAUCAACGGCUCUCGAUGUCGCCAACGUCGCCCCUGCUGUCGCGAUAUUGUCGAAUGCGCUGCUCGGUGUUGUCGUAUACUUCACUCGGCAGUUUAAGGCUCUCUGCUUGUAUUGUCUGCCUUUAACGAUUCUCGGGUUCGGCCUAAUGAUCCACGUUGGCCAAAAUGGACGCAAUUCGAGCAUAGCAGACACGAUCGUGUGUGAAGUUUUCGUUGGGCUGGCCUUUGGAGCUCUGGAGGCCACUCAGACUUUGGCAUUGAAAGUGUCAUCGAAGCAACAGGAUAUUCCCAUUGUGCUAUUCCUGCUGAGCGCAUGUUCCAUUGUGGCAAACGUUGUCGGGUCCAAAGUAUCUGAUGCAAUUAAAAGAUCAAUGUUUCUCCCCAUUUUGCGAGACGUGCUUCCAGAGAAUAGCAAGUCUAUUGCUGAGUCACUCUAUGACGGUGGAGAUAAGGUGUAG